AUGUCAUUCGCGAAGAAUGCGCUGCUCACGACGACGUGCUGUCUCGCAAUAUCAGCACAGGUCUUGCCCUUCUUUACCUCCACUACUAUGAACGCGCCUGCCACUGACCAGGAGCUUACAAGCAAAGGCACCAACGUCAAUCUGGUGCAGGUGCAGCACACCCCUGUUAAAGCAUACACGGCGGCCUGUAUCUCGAACUACCAAAGAUAUAAGAGCUGUGCUCAUAGUAGCGGCUAUCUUAACAACAUUAACUGGGAUUAUUACGAGUCGGGCCACCACUGUGAUACUAUCGCGAAGAGAGAAACCAUUGCCGGAGCCUUCUACAAGUACAUGGACAAGCUUGAAAAUGGACAGAUCUGUGGCACUGAGUGCGUGCGCUUGGGCCAUCAUGGUACCGGACAUGGAUGGUUGAGGAUGGGCCAUAUCAGCUCCUACAACGAUAAGGCCUACUGUGGCGAAGGCCUGGGAUUUGGGACCUACGUGUCUGUGAGGAACAGUGGUAUCUAG